UCAGUCUUAAGUUGAGACACUAAGAUACAACAUGCGUCGGACACUAGUCUUGUUUUUUGUGAUAACGUACUUUUUUAGCAGUGUGUACUCAGCUCGAAUAUUGGGCAUAUUCCCGCAUCCGGGAAAAAGUCAUCAAAUGGUAUUUGAUCCGUUGUUAAGAGAACUUGCGGAACGCGGUCACGAUCUAACCGUCGCUACUUUUUUCCCAAUAGAAAACCGACCAAGUAAUUAUAGGGAAGUUAAUCUUCAACAGCUUGCCGAAUUAAGAUUGGAAUCUUUUCAUGUAGGAUCAUAUGAAUUUCCAAGCUGGUUUAUUAAGAUACCAGUCAUUGGUAGUGUUAUAAACCAAUAUGAGCAACAUGCAACUUUAAGCAGGACAGCUGUAGACAUUUGUGAAAACUUAGUGAAAUUUCAACCCUUAAAGGAAAUUCUCAAACAAGAAUACGAUAUCGUGAUAACCGAGAUUUUUAAUAGCAAAUGUGUACUCGGUCUAUUAGAAGCAUAUGGAGUGAAGUCGCCAAUAGUUGCAAUGUCAUCAUGCCCACUGCUGCCGGGAAGUGCGGGUCGCGUUGGAGCCGAUGAUAAUCCCUCUUAUGUUCCCGUAGUGACAUCAGCACAUUCUCAUACAAUGACCUUCUUCCAAAGAUUAGAAAACGUGAUAGUGAACGUCUUAUUAAAACAACUGUAUAAAGACUCAUACAGGAAGGAACAAGCAGUCAUUGAAGGAUAUUUGGGUAAAACAAUAACGGAUUUGAGCGUUCUUACAAAUAACAUAUCGCUAAUACUAGUAAAUACCUAUCAUGUUCUUGAUGGAGUAUAUCCAAGUGUUCCAGGAAUGAUAGAAAUUGGCGGAAUUCAUGUUUCGAAACCGGCCACAAAGAAAAUGCCCAAUUACAUUGAAAAGUUCUUGAACGAAUCUGAACACGGUGUUGUAUUAUUGAGUUUCGGCUCGCACUUGAGUACAACAUCAAUAUCUCAAUAUAGACAAAAUAUUUUGCUCAACUCGCUAUCAAAAUUAAAAGAACGAGUUCUCUGGAAGCAUGCGGACAGUGCAGAUGAUGGAACUCCUGUUGGAAGUAAUAUUUUAAGAGUGAGAUGGCUGCCACAAAACGAAUUAUUGCAACACCUAAAAGUCAAAGCUUUAGUGUCUCAUGGCGGGAAACUCGGAACAACAGAAGCCGUGUCAGCUGGAAAACCAAUGGUCGUAAUUCCUGUGUGCGCAGACCAAAACCUCAAUGCAGCGGCGAUCAGAGCCGCGGGAGUCGGCGAAGUAAUACCCCUCCCAAAGCUCACAGAACAAGACUUAGACACAGCCUUGCAAGAGGUGCUAGGUGAAAGAAUGCAGGAAAGAGCGCGCCUCGUAUCCAAGAUGUGGCAUGACAGAGAAUCGUCUCCCCUGCAGACAGCAGUCUUUUGGACGGAGAGAGUGACCCGUUGGGGACACCAGUCACCGCUGUAUGCCGAAGCCAGACAUCUCCCCUUCUAUCAAUACGCUUUGCUGGAUGUUAUAGCAUUCCUUGUUAUAAUUAUUUCUUUAGUAAUAGGCAUUAUUGUGUAUACUGUUCUUAGAUUUAAGGGAUGUGAAAAAUAUAAAAAAGUAAAAGCCCACUAAUAUAUAAAAGCUAGCUAGCAAAGACUAACAAUUCUCGGAAAGAGUUAAUUUCCCUCUAUAUGUUAAUGUAAAUUGUGAUUCUUAUGCUUGCAAUUUAAUGUAUUAUCUUAGUCAUAUAAUUUAAUGCCCAGAAUUAAAAUUUCUCCUACUUCCUUCA